AUGAUCAAGCAUGCUGCCCACGGCCUUCGUGUUGUCAGAGUACCUUCUUCGUUGUGGCGUAGACGCAGUCAGAUUUUUCACGAACUUUUUCCGUGGCUUUUUUGCUGGCGGAUUUCUUCUAUAUUACCCCAAUGGCGCGAAAAAACAGAAUGCAACAACGGCGUCGCGGGUUCAAAUCCAGGGCUCGCUCUUGCAGGGGAACCUCACGAGGGACUUCUAAGAAGCGAAUUGGACAGGAUAGUUGGGUUGACUAUCUCUCAAGCGCUCUGUAAAAUUAUUACUGGUGAGGGCAGAGACAUGACCGCGCCAGGGGCACAGAGCAAGGAUGGUGCUGCGGCGAAAACCCUGAGCGUGACGCUAUCAAAGGACCAGCUCACGACGACGCUGGAAUGUGGUGGCGAGGGAAGCACUGCCGUACCGAGAAGCAUGGAAGAAGGGUGUGUGAUGGGAACUGAGGCAACUGUGGAUACAUGCUCAUCUCAAGGAACAAAACAACUUUCAAAGCUACUUGAGACCAGUUCAAGUGUAAAGUGGACCGCGGCACAGGGGUCAGGGGCGGAGUUUAAAGGAGAGGCACGGACGUUGAAACUGAAAGAGGAUGACCUUCCCUACACCGAUAAAACCUUCUUUGUGGGUUGUAAAAGCAAGAAUCCCCCCGAGGGGACCUGCCAAGUUAACGUCACUGUCAAGGCGAGACUUUCCACAGUCGACAAUAACAUUGUGACAUGUGCCUACGGCGCAGACAGCAAUCCGCGACCGCUGGAAGUUGAGAUGAGAGACGGGAACAACACACUGACCCUCGCCUGCGGGAAGGACGGCUCCAUCGUGCCUACGUCUUACGUCACAAACUACUGCGAGGAUGACACCUUGAAACCAUGCAAGAAGAGCUACAGAGAUAUUUUGCCCAAAUUCGAAGACACCUGGUGGACCAAAGAGACGAAGGAGGGCUCCCCGGUUGUGCUAACGAUUCCGAAAGAAGGCUUCCCGGAAUCGGACCAGGAGUUCUACAUCGGAUGCACUCCCAGACCAACGGGAGGAGAUGAAACUACCUCUCGUGCUGAGGAAGGGGCGGAGUCUCCUACUGACAAGGCACCGACGCCCUGCAAGGUGCACGUGACGGUGAAGGCUGCGGGCGCUGCUUCCGCUGCACCUUCGAUCGCACGCGCAGCUGCUGCAGCAGCGUCUGGCACCAUUGGAUUUGCUGCUAUUUUCCAUAAGUUGUGA